UCCCCUCUCCCCCUCCCGGCUGGGCGCAGGCCCCCCAUCCCCACCCCCGUGGGAACGAUCGGAGCCUGCACUCCUCAGACCCUCUCCUCGACUCUUCCCUCACCUCAGCCCCCGCUCCCCGCCCUCUUCCCGGCCCUGGGCGCCGGCCGACCCGUCCCUCCGCCGUCCCCCGGCCGCGGGGAGGACAUGGCCGCGCACAGGCCGGUGGAAUGGGUCCAGGCCGUGGUCAACCGCUUCGACGAGCAGCUUCCAAUAAAAACAGGACAGCAGAACACACAUACCAAAGUCAGCACCGAACACAAUAAGGAAUGUCUUAUCAAUAUUUCCAAAUACAAGUUUUCUUUGGUUAUUAGCGGCCUCACUACUAUCUUAAAGAAUGUUAACAAUAUGAGAAUAUUUGGAGAAGCUGCUGAAAAAAAUUUAUAUCUCUCUCAGUUGAUUAUAUUGGAUACACUGGAAAAAUGUCUUGCUGGGCAACCAAAGGACACAAUGAGAUUAGAUGAAACAAUGCUGGUCAAACAGUUGCUGCCAGAAAUCUGCCAUUUUCUUCACACCUGUCGUGAAGGAAACCAACACGCAGCUGAACUUCGGAAUUCGGCCUCUGGAGUCUUAUUUUCUCUCAGCUGCAACAACUUCAACGCAGUCUUUAGUCGCAUUUCUACCAGGUUACAGGAAUUGACUGUUUGUUCAGAAGACAAUGUUGAUGUUCAUGAUAUAGAAUUGUUACAGUAUAUCAAUGUGGAUUGUGCAAAAUUAAAACGACUCUUGAAGGAGUGUGCAGAAAAGCUGUUUGACUUGGUGGAUGGUUUUGCUGAAAGCACCAAACGUAAAGCAGCAGUUUGGCCACUACAAAUCAUCCUUCUUAUCUUGUGUCCAGAAAUAAUCCAGGAUAUAUCCAAGGAUGUGGUUGAUGAAAACAACAUGAAUAAGAAAUUGUUUCUGGACAGUCUACGAAAAGCGCUUGCUGGCCAUGGGGGAAGCAGGCAGCUGACCGAAAGUGCUGCCAUCGCCUGUGUCAAGCUGUGUAAGGCUAGCACUUACAUCAACUGGGAGGAUAACUCCGUUAUUUUCCUGCUGGUUCAGUCCAUGGUGGUCGACCUGAAGAACCUGCUUUUUAAUCCAAGUAAACCAUUCUCAAGAGGCAGUCAGCCUGCAGAUGUGGAUCUAAUGAUUGACUGCCUUGUUUCUUGCUUUCGUAUAAGCCCUCACAACAACCAACAUUUCAAGAUCUGCCUCGCUCAGAAUUCCCCUUCUACAUUUCACUAUGUGCUGGUAAAUUCACUCCAUCGAAUCAUCACCAAUUCUGCAUUGGAUUGGUGGCCGAAGAUUGAUGCCGUGUAUUGUCACUCAGUUGAACUCCGAAAUAUGUUUGGUGAAACACUUCAUAAAGCAGUGCAGGGCUGCGGAGCACACCCAGCAAUCCGAAUGGCACCGAGUCUUACAUUUAAAGAAAAAGUAACAAGCCUUAAAUUUAAAGAAAAACCUACAGACCUGGAGACAAGAAGCUAUAAGUAUCUUCUCUUGUCCAUGGUGAAACUAAUUCACGCAGAUCCAAAGCUCUUGCUUUGUAAUCCAAGAAAACAGGGCCCUGAGACCCAAGGCAGUACAGCGGAAUUAAUUACAGGGCUUGUCCAGCUGGUCCCUCAGUCGCACAUGCCAGAGAUUGCUCAGGAAGCAAUGGAGGCUCUGCUGGUUCUUCAUCAGUUAGAUAGCAUUGAUUUGUGGAAUCCUGAUGCUCCUGUAGAAACGUUUUGGGAAAUUAGCUCACAAAUGCUUUUUUACAUCUGCAAGAAAUUAACUAGCCAUCAAAUGCUUAGUAGCACAGAAAUUCUCAAAUGGUUGCGGGAAAUUUUGAUCUGCAGGAAUAAAUUUCUUCUUAAAAAUAAGCAGGCAGAUAGAAGUUCCUGUCACUUUCUCUUCGUUUAUGGGGUAGGAUGUGACGUUCCGUCAAGUGGCCCCACCAGUCAAAUGUCCAUGGAUCAUGAAGAGUUACUACGUACUUCUGGGGCCUCUCUCCGGAAGGGAAAGGGAAGCUCAUCCAUGGAUAGUGCAGCAGGGUGCAGUGGAACCCCACCAAUAUGCCGGCAAGCCCAGACCAAACUAGAAGUGGCCCUGUACAUGUUUCUGUGGAGCCCUGACACUGAAGCUGUGCUGGUUGCCAUGUCCUGUUUCCGCCACCUCUGUGAGGAAGCGGAUAUCCGGUGUGGGGUGGACGAAGUGUCGGUGCACAACUUCUUGCCCAACUAUAACACAUUCAUGGAGUUCGCCUCUGUCAGCAAUAUGAUGUCAACAGGAAGAGCAGCACUUCAGAAAAGGGUGAUGGCACUACUCCGGCGCAUCGAGCAUCCCACUGCAGGAAACACGGAGGCUUGGGAAGAUACACAUGCAAAAUGGGAACAAGCUACAAAACUGAUCCUCAACUAUCCAAAAGCCAAAAUGGAAGAUGGCCAGGCUGCUGAAAGCCUUCACAAGACCAUUGUUAAGCGGCGAAUGUCUCACGUGAGUGGAGGAGGUUCCAUCGAUUUGUCUGACACGGACUCUCUACAAGAAUGGAUCAACAUGACCGGCUUCCUCUGUGCUCUUGGGGGAGUGUGCCUGCAGCAAAGAAGCAGUUCUGGCCUUGCAACCUAUAGCCCACCCAUGGGCCCCGUCAGUGAACGCAAGGGUUCCAUGAUUUCAGUGAUGUCCUCAGAGGGAAAUGCAGAUACGCCUGUCAGCAAAUUCAUGGACCGGCUGCUGUCCUUAAUGGUGUGUAACCAUGAGAAAGUGGGACUUCAGAUACGGACCAACGUGAAGGAUCUGUUGGGUCUAGAAUUGAGUCCUGCUCUUUACCCAAUGCUAUUUAACAAAUUGAAGAAUACCAUCAGCAAAUUUUUUGACUCCCAAGGACAGGUUUUACUGACUGACACCAAUACUCAAUUUGUGGAGCAAACCAUAGCUAUAAUGAAGAACUUACUAGAUAAUCAUACUGAAGGCAGCUCCGAACACCUGGGGCAAGCUAGCAUUGAAACAAUGAUGUUAAAUUUGGUCAGAUAUGUUCGUGUGCUUGGGAAUAUGGUCCAUGCAAUUCAAAUAAAAACGAAACUGUGUCAGUUAGUCGAGGUAAUGAUGGCAAGAAGAGAUGACCUCUCAUUUUGUCAAGAGAUGAAAUUUAGGAAUAAGAUGGUGGAAUACUUGACAGACUGGGUUAUGGGCACAUCAAACCAAGCUGCAGAUGACGAUGUAAAAUGUCUAACAAGAGAUUUGGACCAGGCAAGCAUGGAAGCAGUGGUUUCACUCCUGGCUGGUCUUCCACUACAGCCUGAGGAAGGAGAUGGUGUGGAAUUAAUGGAAGCCAAAUCACAGUUAUUUCUUAAGUAUUUCACAUUGUUUAUGAACCUUUUGAAUGACUGUAGUGAAGUUGAAGAUGAAAAUGCACAAACAGGUGGCAGAAAACGUGGCAUGUCUCGGAGGCUGGCAUCGUUGAGGCAUUGUACAGUCCUUGCAAUGUCAAACUUACUCAAUGCUAACGUGGACAGUGGCCUCAUGCACUCUAUAGGUUUAGGUUAUCACAAAGAUCUCCAGACAAGAGCUACAUUUAUGGAAGUUCUGACAAAAAUCCUCCAACAAGGCACAGAAUUUGACACCCUUGCAGAAACGGUGCUGGCAGAUCGGUUUGAGAGACUGGUGGAGCUGGUCACGAUGAUGGGCGAUCAGGGAGAGCUCCCUAUAGCCAUGGCUCUGGCUAACGUGGUCCCGUGUUCUCAGUGGGAUGAACUAGCUCGAGUUCUAGUGACUCUGUUUGAUUCGCGGCAUUUACUCUACCAACUGCUCUGGAACAUGUUUUCUAAGGAAGUAGAAUUGGCAGACUCCAUGCAGACUCUUUUCCGAGGCAACAGCUUAGCUAGUAAAAUAAUGACCUUCUGUUUCAAGGUAUAUGGUGCUACUUACCUACAAAAACUCCUGGAUCCUUUACUGCGAAUUGUGAUCACGUCCUCUGAUUGGCAACAUGUUAGCUUUGAAGUGGAUCCUACCAGGUUAGAACAGUCAGAGAGCCUUGAGGAAAACCAGCGGAACCUUCUUCAGAUGACUGAAAAGUUCUUCCAUGCUAUCAUCAGUUCCUCCUCAGAAUUCCCCCCUCAGCUUCGAAGUGUGUGCCACUGUUUAUACCAGGCAACUUGCCACUCCCUACUGAAUAAAGCUACAGUAAAAGAAAAAAAGGAAAACAAAAAAUCAGUGGUUAGUCAGCGUUUCCCUCAGAACAGCAUCGGUGCAGUGGGAAGUGCCAUGUUCCUCAGAUUUAUCAAUCCUGCCAUUGUCUCACCAUAUGAAGCAGGGAUUUUAGAUAAAAAGCCACCACCUAGAAUCGAAAGGGGCUUGAAGUUAAUGUCAAAGAUACUUCAGAGUAUUGCCAAUCAUGUUCUCUUCACAAAAGAAGAGCAUAUGCGGCCUUUUAAUGAUUUUGUGAAAAGCAACUUUGAUGCAGCACGAAGGUUUUUCCUUGAUAUUGCGUCUGAUUGUCCUACAAGUGAUGCAGUAAAUCAUAGUCUUUCCUUCAUCAGUGAUGGCAAUGUGCUUGCUUUACAUCGUUUGCUCUGGAACAAUCAAGAGAAAAUUGGCCAGUAUCUUUCCAGCAACAGGGAUCACAAAGCUGUUGGAAGACGACCUUUUGAUAAGAUGGCGACCCUUCUCGCAUACCUGGGUCCCCCAGAGCACAAACCUGUGGCAGAUACACACUGGUCCAGCCUUAACCUUACCAGCUCCAAGUUCGAGGAAUUCAUGACCAGGCAUCAAGUACACGAAAAAGAAGAGUUCAAGGCUUUGAAAACGUUAAGUAUUUUCUACCAAGCUGGAACUUCCAAAGCUGGGAAUCCUAUAUUUUAUUAUGUUGCACGGAGGUUCAAAACUGGUCAAAUCAACGGAGAUUUACUAAUAUAUCACGUCUUGCUGACCUUAAAGCCAUAUUAUGCGAAGCCAUAUGAAAUCGUAGUGGACCUUACCCAUACGGGGCCUAGCAAUCGCUUUAAAACGGACUUUCUCUCCAAGUGGUUCGUUGUUUUUCCCGGAUUUGCUUACGACAAUGUCUCUGCCGUCUACAUCUAUAACUGUAACUCCUGGGUCAGGGAGUACACCAAGUAUCAUGAGCGGCUGCUGACUGGCCUCAAAGGCAGCAAAAGGCUCAUUUUCAUAGACUGUCCCGGGAAACUGGCCGAGCACAUAGAGCAUGAACAGCAGAAACUACCCGCCGCCACCUUGGCGUUGGAAGAGGACCUGAAGGUUUUCCACAAUGCCCUCAAGCUCGCUCACAAAGACACCAAGGUUUCUAUUAAAGUUGGUUCUACUGCUGUUCAGGUAACCUCAGCAGAGCGAACAAAAGUCCUCGGGCAGUCAGUCUUUCUAAAUGAUAUCUAUUAUGCUUCGGAAAUUGAAGAGAUCUGCCUAGUGGAUGAGAACCAGUUCACCUUAACCAUUGCAAACCAGGGCACACCGCUUACCUUCAUGCACCAGGAGUGCGAUGCUAUUGUCCAGUCUAUCAUUCACAUCCGGACGCGCUGGGAGCUGUCGCAGCCUGACUCCAUCCCCCAGCACACCAAGAUUCGGCCAAAAGAUGUCCCUGGGACACUGCUCAAUAUCGCAUUACUUAAUUUAGGCAGUUCAGACCCUAGUUUACGGUCAGCUGCCUAUAAUCUUCUGUGUGCCUUAACUUGUACCUUUAAUUUAAAAAUCGAGGGCCAGUUACUAGAGACAUCAGGUUUAUGUAUCCCUGCCAACAACACCCUCUUUAUUGUCUCUAUUAGUAAGACACUGGCAGCCAAUGAGCCACACCUCACCUUAGAAUUUUUGGAGGAGUGUAUUUCUGGAUUUAGCAAAUCUAGAAUUAAUGUUCAGAUUACAGAUCUCCUUGAUGUUGUUCUAGACAGUUUCAUCAAAACCAGUGCAACAGGCGGCUUGGGAUCAAUAAAAGCAGAGGUGAUGGCGGAUACUGCUGUGGCUCUGGCUUCUGGAAACGUGAAGCUGGUUUCGAGCAAGGUUAUUGGAAGGAUGUGCAAAAUAAUUGACAAGACAUGCUUAUCGCCAACUCCUACCUUAGAACAGCAUCUCAUGUGGGACGAUAUUGCCAUUCUAGCGCGCUACAUGCUGAUGCUGUCCUUCAACAACUCCCUCGAUGUGGCCGCUCAUCUCCCCUACCUCUUCCACGUCGUCACUUUCUUGGUGGCCACGGGGCCACUCUCCCUUAGAGCUUCCACACACGGACUGGUCAUCAACAUCAUUCACUCUCUGUGUACUUGUUCACAGCUCCAUUUUAGUGAAGAGACCAAGCAAGUCUUGAGACUUAGUUUGACAGAGUUCUCAUUACCCAAAUUUUACUUGCUGUUUGGCAUCAGCAAAGUGAAGUCCGCUGCCGUCAUUGCCUUCCGCUCCAGUUACCGGGACAGGUCAUUCUCUCCCGGCUCCUAUGAGAGGGAGACCUUCGCUUUGACAUCCCUGGAGACGGUCACAGAGGCUUUGCUGGAGAUCAUGGAGGCAUGUAUGAGAGAUAUUCCAACAUGCAAGUGGCUGGACCAGUGGACGGAACUAGCUCAAAGAUUUGCAUUCCAAUAUAAUCCAUCCCUGCAACCAAGAGCUCUGGUUGUUUUUGGCUGUAUUAGCAAACGAGUAUCUCAUGGGCAGAUAAAGCAGAUUAUCCGUAUUCUUAGCAAGGCACUUGAGAGUUGUUUAAAAGGACCUGAUACUUACAACAGUCAAGUUCUGAUAGAAGCUACAGUAAUAGCCCUAACCAAAUUACAGCCACUUCUUAAUAAGGACUCCCCUUUGCACAAAGCCCUCUUUUGGGUGGCGGUGGCUGUGCUGCAGCUCGAUGAAGUCAGCUUGUAUUCAGCAGGCACCGCCCUCCUGGAACAAAACCUGCACACCUUAGACAGCCUCCGGGUAUUCAACGACAAGAGCCCAGAAGAAGUGUUUAUGGCAAUCCGGAACCCUCUGGAAUGGCACUGCAAGCAAAUGGAUCAUUUUGUUGGACUCAAUUUCAACUCUAACUUUAACUUUGCCCUGGUUGGACACCUCUUAAAAGGAUACAGGCAUCCUUCACCUGCCAUUGUUGCAAGAACAGUCAGAAUUUUGCAUACGCUACUAACUCUGGUUAACAAACAUAGAAAUUGUGACAAAUUUGAGGUGAAUACACAGAGCGUGGCUUACUUAGCAGCUAAAAUAAUUUCCUAUUUUCCAUUACAGCAAACACAAAUCCCAGACUAUGCUGAGCUUAUUGUUAAGUUUCUUGAUGCCUUGAUUGACACGUAUUUGCCUGGAAUUGAUGAAGAAACCAGUGAGGAGUCCCUCCUGACACCCACAUCUCCUUAUCCUCCUGCAGUGCAGAGCCAGCUUAGUAUUACUGCUAACCUUAACCUUUCUAAUUCCAUGACCUCACUUGCAACUUCCCAGCAUUCCCCAGGAAUCGACAAGGAGAACGUGGAACUGUCCCCCACCACUGGGCACUGUAAUAGUGGACGGACUCGCCAUGGAUCCGCAAGCCAAGUGCAGAAGCAAAGGAGCGCUGGCAGUUUCAAACGUAAUAGCAUUAAGAAGAUCGUGUGAAGCUUUCUUUCUUUCCUUUUUCAAGCAGACUUAACACGGGUUCUUCACUAGUGACCCCUUCUCCACCGUUCUAUGAUGCUGCACUUCAUGGUUUAUAAAGAGCCCAUCCCGUCCGCCAUGUUGCCAGAUGAUCAACUCUUGGAAGCAUUGCCUAAAUUUAAUGCUGAUUUUUCUUUAGCUUUUUUUUUUUUUUUUUCAUUUUGGUGUGUCUGGUGUAAGCACGUGUUCAAAACAACUGUUAAAGGAAGUGGGAGGUCAGGACACUUGAACUGAGAACAUCCCAGUUGUGAGAGAGGAUGGAUCCUUGAAUACUGCUGCUACUGGCCAGCCAUGAAAGCCAUUUUGCACAGAGCUCUGCCUUCUGUUUCCCCUUCAUCAUACAAAGUAAAGUGUUACACACCUUCCAGGAUAGAAACUUAUGAGAGAAAUAAUAUUAUAACCCCAGUAUAUUUAAUCUGACUUUUAGCUGUGGACUUUUUUUUACCUUUCAAAACUGAAGGAACCAUUAGAGGUCAAACCUCAGUGACUUCACAGCAUAAAGCCACAGGCCAGGUACUUUGGGCGGGUUGGGGGGGUGGAGGGAUUUAGUAUUUUGUAGUGGGUUCUGAAGAAAUACUAACACUUGAGUAUUAGCAAUAAUUACAGGAAAAUAAGCAUAACCACAUAUAUCUUAACAUUAAUGAAUUAAAGCGAUGAGUUCUGAGGCCUUAUCCAAACUCAGUCAUCCAAACUAUUUUUUUCUCUAGCUGAUUAUCUUUUAAUCUUCAAAUAUGCUAAAAGUUGUUUUUUGGUUUUCUUUUGUUUUUGUAAGCCAAAACUAUACUAAGUAUAGUAGUUCCAUAUUUUCCCUCCUCUUCUUUCCUGUAUCAUUCUGAGCAGGGUAAUCAGUGAACAAAGGGUUGACGUUGUUCCUAGAAGGCAACUUUCAUAGACGUUUGCGUUAGCUCCAUAGCAAAAUGAAAUGGUACGUGACUUUGAGUAGCUGAUGCUUUUAUUUUGUUUAAUAAUUUCCCCCCAGAAACAAUGGAGUAUGGUGUAUAUUAACAAAAAUGUCUUCGAUUAAAUGUAUUUUAAAUGUCUUCUUAUCUUCCCCCUCCACUCCAAAAAAAAAUCAGCAACCUCUUUAGCGGAACAUUUGGGUUGUAUAUGAUAGAAUUGCAUUUAAUCACUGUGAAAAAACUAGUCAGCCUGCAUUAGUGUGACAAUAGGGGACCGCCAGAGGUGCUGCUAUACUGAAGGGUAUGGAUUACAGCGGUGUUGGGAUUUCCGUAGUAACGCAGACCCAAUGGCUUUGUGGUGCCUGCAGUGUGCACAAUGAUUCGACUUCAGAGCGCAUACUCAUACCUGGAUGUUCCCAUUUAGGACUAACCCGUAUUUAUUACAAAAAGAUAUUACCCCCCCCCCUCCUCCCGGGUUCCCUUUGUAUGUUAAGAUGUAAUGGCUUUGGGAGGGGAAGAGAAACCUAGGGGAGCGGGGAGUGUCCUGUAGUGCUAUCUCAUAAGUGGAUUUCAGUAAAUUAAAUUCCACAGCUAAAUCAAUACAUAAUGGUACAUGUAAGUGUUCUGAUUUUAAUAAUAUAACGCAUUUCACAUUUAUCCACACAGUAACAAUGUAAUAUGUUAAUGUAAAUAAAAUUGUUUUUGAUAUUCAGAAAUAACAAGAAUUUAAUUUUUUUAAUUUGUUUACAGUACUGGGAAAAGUAAGAACCAUUUGCCAAAAUAAAACGAAAAAACACCCACAAAAAACCUUAAUAUUCAUAGGUAUUUUGACAUAGAAUUGGACAAUAUUCAAGACAGGUGCAAUUAAUUACAAUUUUGUUUUCAACUAUUGUAGAGGCUGCAUUAGAAUAGAAUGUUUAUAGUAACAGAGCAACUAAGACUAUAAAGAACUAAGGCUAGGACUGAGUUUAGAAACAGGUCAUUACCAACCCAGAGCCAAGGAUGCCAAGCUGCCCGUCAGGUCCUCACACAACCCAGUGCUUCUGGGAUAGGAUUCACAGCUUCUUGACUCCUGGAAUGAAAAGGCAUAUGUGAGCCUUUAAUUAUUUUGGCUCCACAUUUUCCCUCUUUGUUGAUUGUUUGGUGCAUGUGCUGGUGGGUGUUAUGCCAUUUUGCUUCUCCCAUCAAAAUAGACAAACUUCCAAAGGUUUACUGUUAAAACUAUUGACCUUUUUCCAUAAACAAGUUUUCCAAGGUAUGAUAUUUCUGAAAUUGAUUCAUUAUUUCCCUCUAGUGUAAUGAAAGGAAUGAAUUCACGUGAAGUACCUCAUGAAAUGAUCAGCGUUGCACAAAUCAAAAUUUUGAUCUGCAAAAAUACUUUUAACCAGUCCAUCCUGGGAAUUUGAAAAGUUAACCAAGAUUUAAAAUUUCCCUUGUUUAAAGAAUUUCCAACUUUUGAGGAAAACCUAGCUUUCCAAGUAACGAAAGUGAACAUGAGUUAAGUCUCUCACCAAGAUGUUUCCCCUGAAAAAUGAAAUACUUUUUUAGGCCUCAUCCCUAUAAUCUGCCCAAGAAAUUCUGAAGUUCAGAGCAAAUUGCCCAUUUUGUGUAAUCUGAUGUAAGUUCUAUAAAGAACACUGUAAGUAAUCUGCUUUGCUUUUUGUGGUUGUUUCUCCUGACUUUUUCAAGAGGAAAACAUUAACUCAUCCCGUUUUUUUGUGCAGAAUUUAGCUGUUUUAUCACUGCUCCAGUCCCCAGAGUGUGUCCCUUGUUGGCCAACAAGGGACACAGUUCACUAGCUUUGGGGGAAGUGGUGAGUGCUCUGUCCUUUGUCCCCUCAGGCCCCUGCUCACCCAUGGAUGCCGGUUCUGUGCAGGUCCUGAGCCAGGCGCCAAGGACCCCACAGUGAGUGGGCAGUUUCCGCCCCCAUAGAAUGAUGUCCUAGGGAGCAACGGAAUGGAAGCCAGCAGCCCUCCCUGCUUAGUGGGUUUUAGGGUUUUUCAGUUUUGUUUUGGCUUUUUGUUUGUUUUUUGGUUUUGUUUUUACAUUCCCCCCUCAUCACCACCCCCCGCCCCCAGCAAAAUGAGGCAUGUCUUAUUCAAUGUUAUGCAAUGAACUUAUACAAAAAUUCACUCUUAGUGUCAGCCACACAAUUUUUUUUAAAUGCAGUAUAUUCACCUGUAAAUAGUUUGUGUAAAAUUUGACAGAAAAGUAUAUUUACUACACUGUAAAUACAUGUGAUGAUAUAUUGUAUUAUUUUGCUUUUUUUGUAAAGCAGUUAGUUGCUGUACAUGGAUAACAAAAAUUUGAUUAUUCUCAUGUUAGUGUUGUUAACUUCUUCCUGCGACUACAUUACAUCAUUUAAAGAAAGCGCUGUGUAUUGUAAACUUACAUUGUAUAUGAUAACUUCCUCUCCUUUCCAUCUGGACCUGAACUUUGGCAGUUCCCUUGCCUACAACCUUGUUAAUAUUGUAAGCCGCUGUGCGCCCGCAGGAGAAAUACCGCCCAACAGACAACAUCGAUCAUUGUAGGGAAAAAUUGUAGAAAUCUAUUUCAGAUCAUUGUUCCUCACCCCAUUUUCCUCCCUGUGUAUGUACUCCCCCCCCCCUUUUUUUAAGUAAAAUGUAAAUUCAAUCUGCUCUAA